GAGUUUGUGGGAAUUUGGAGGUGGGUCGGACGGCGUCGUUCAUGUUUGUGCUGUGGAGACUGAUAUAUCGUUCUAUUCUGGUGAUUGGAAUUCUUAUCGUUGAAGUGUCUUAACGGUCCUGCGCCCCGCGCCAUCUCGGGAAUGUGAUGAAGCGCCAGGAGCCGCCGGUGAGUAGUGACGGCUCGCCAGCCGUGGUCUGCGUGGUGCCGCCGGCGCGCCGGUCGCCCGCCGAGCCGCCCGUCUUCUCGUCGCCCAGUCUGGCCGCCCAGCCGAGCCCGGCGCGGCUGACGGCGCAGACGGCGGCGCCCUCCGCCGCGCCGCUGCCCCACCUGGCGUCUGCCGGCGGCGGUAACGGCGGCCAGGGCCAGCAGCCGUCGGCGCUGCCGCCGGCGCCCGCCUCGCACGUGGUACACGGCAUCAUGUCGUACCAGCAGGCGCCGCUGGCGGCCGGCCAUGGCGCCCACCCGGCGCACGCCGCCUACGGCGAGAACCUCUCGGUGAAGAGUGACGGCGGCGGCGGCGGCGGUGCGUCGCAGUACUCUGCCGGCCCCGGCGGAGGACCGGCCUCGGCCGCUGCCGCCGGGCCGGUGCCGCACUCCUCCUCGCCGCAGAUCUCCCACGUGGGUACCAGUGUGACGGUGUCGGUGUCCAGCUCCCUGCAUACACUGUCGAACGCGAGCGGCGCCAGUGUGCAUCUGCCACAGGCGCAUCCUAUGCCAGUCAGAAGGACCACCGCGCCGAUCGCCCAGCAGCCGAGUAUGGCCGCAGCCGCCAUGGUGAUGGGUGCCGCCAGUGCCGGGAAGCCGCCGCAGCCGGGUGGCCCGCUGUCGGCGGCGCCGCCGGCGGGCACCGCUCAGCCGGCGCCGACCGCCGCCGACGCCGGCGCCGGCCAGCCCAGCUACCACCGACUCAAGGUGGAGGACGCCCUCUCCUACCUGGACCAGGUCAAGUCCAAGUUUCAGAACAAUCCGGAGGUCUACAACGACUUCCUGGACAUCAUGAAGGAAUUCAAGGCACAAAAUAUCGACACACCGGGCGUCAUCACGCGAGUGUCCAGCUUAUUCAGAGGACAUCCGGCCCUCAUCGUCGGCUUCAACACAUUCCUGCCGCCCGGAUACAAGAUCGAGGUUCAGUCCAGCAAUAAUUACCUGCACGUCUCGAUGACGGCGCCGGGUCAGGUGACCACGGUGGUGCACACGCCCACUGGCGGCUUCCAGACGUACUCGGACACAGUGGCACCGCCGCCGCCGCCGCAGCCCCAGCAGCAGCAGCCACCGCCGCAGGCGCUGCCGACGGCGCCCGGCGCGCCGCCCAAGCCCAGCCACCAGCCGCCCACCCAGCCGCCGCGGAGCAGUUACGGCACAAACAACAUCCUUUCGCACGCCGGCGCGGCGGCUGCCGGCGCCGGGGGCCACCACGUCACCUCGCACCACUCCUACAACCAGCCGCCGCCGUCUGCAGCGCCCACAGCCGCCGCGCCGGCCGCGCCCGUCGGCGGCGUCGGCUCCAACCUGCCCAACCAGGGCGUGGGCGGCACACAGCAGAGCCAGCCAGUGGAGUUCAACCACGCCAUCAACUACGUCAACAAAAUAAAGAACCGCUUCCAAGGCCAGCCGGACGUCUACAAGCAGUUUCUGGAGAUCCUGCACACGUACCAGAAGGACCAGCGUAGCCUGAAGGAUGGUCUCCCCCCUAGCGGACCCUCGUUGACCGAGACGGAGGUGUACGCCAAGGUGGCGACCCUGUUCCAGAGCCACGAGGACCUUAUGGACGAGUUCGGACAGUUCCUUCCGGACGCCACCAACGGAAACGCCAUCAACGCCGUCAACAACUCUCGCUCGAUCAACCAGGAGCACGCGGCCGCCCUCAAGAAGCCGAUGAAGCCCAGCUUCCAGCCGACUGCCAAGCAGCUGAAGCGGCCGAUGCCGACCGCGCCGCCGGCGCCGAUACCGACCAAGAAGCCGCGCGUCGGCAUGCUGAAGGAUGUCACACUGGCCGAGGCCGGCAAGGUGGCCACCCUGAACGAGUACGCCUUCUUCGAUCAGGUGAGGAAGACGCUGAAGAACCAGGACUCCUACAACAACUUUCUGCGGGUGCUGUCCCUCUACAACAGCGAGAUCAUCUCUCGACUUGAUGUCAUUCAGCUGCUGUCGCCAUUCCUCGGCAAACAGCCGGGAAUGCUGAAGUGGCUGAAGGACUUCAUGGGCGUGAAGGAGGGCCGCGAGACCGUGGAGCCCAUCCCUCCGGGCAUGGCCAAACAGGAGCGCGUCUCCGGAGACCAGGCCAUCGAGAUCGACUACUCCACCUGUAAGCGUCUGGGCGCGUCCUACUGCGCGCUGCCCAAGUCGUACCCGCAGCCGCGCUGCUCAGGACGCACGCAGCUGUGCCGUGAGGUGCUCAACGACACCUGGGUGUCGUUCCCCUCCUACUCGGAAGACUCGACGUUCGUCACCUCGCGCAAAACACAGUACGAGGAGUACAUCUACCGCUGCGAGGACGAACGCUUCGAGCUGGACAUGGUGCUGGAAACGAACCUCUCCACCAUCCGUAUCCUGGAGGGCGUCCAGAAGAAGCUGUCCCGGAUGGCGCCCGAGGACGCGGCGCGCUACCGACUGGACGACUGCCUGGGUGGCACGUCGCCCACCAUCCACCAGCGUGCCGUGCGCCGCAUCUACGGCGACAAGGCGGCCGAUAUCAUGGACGGACUCAAACGGAACCCGAUCGUGGCCGUGCCCGUGGUGCUGCGCCGGCUCAAAGCCAAGCAGGACGAGUGGCGCGAGGCGCAGAAGGGCUUCAACAAGAUCUGGCGCGAGCAGAACGAGAAGUACUACCUAAAAUCACUAGACCCACAGGGCGUCAACUUCAAACAGAACGACGUGAAGAUGCUGCGCUCGAAGGCGCUGCUGAACGAGCUGUACACUCUGUACGACGAGCGCCACGAGCAGCUGGAGGAGUCGGGCGGCGACCCGGCGGCCAGCGGCGGGCCUCACACCGAGUUCGUCUACUCCAACAAACACCUGCUCAAUGACGCGGCCAACCUCAUCAUCCACCACGUGAAGCGCCAGACGGGUAUCCAGAAGGAGGACAAGGCCAAGAUCAAGCUGCUGCUACGCCAGACGCUGCCCGGCAUGUUCUAUCACCCGAAGCAGGAGCUCAGUGAUGAUGAGCGCGACGAUGAUGACGAGGACGCCGAUGACGAGUCGGACGAGGACGAGGCGCGACCGGCCGAGCGGCGCACGCGCAGUCAGAAGGUGCGCCGUCCAGAGGUCCGGCGCAGCGGCACCGAGCGCAAGCUGAACGGCGCGCCGACCAGCAGCGACGCCGCCUCCAGCUCUGACGACGACCAGACGGGCGAGUGCUACACGCUCUUCAUGGCCAGCAGCAACUGGUACCUGUUCCUGCGGCUGCACCACAUCCUCUGCGAGCGGCUCAACAAGAUCUACGAGCGCGCCGUCAUCAUGGCCGCCGAGGAGGAGCAGCACAAGAAGCUGCGCACAGAGUCCACCGCCAUCGCGCUCCGGCUCAAACCAAAGAACGAGAUUGACGUCGAAGACUACUACCCCGCCUUUCUGGACAUGGUGAAGAACGUGCUGGACAACAACAUGGACUCGUCCCAGUUCGAGGACACGCUGCGCGAGAUGUUCGGCAUCCACGCCUACAACGCUUUCACCACCGAUAAGAUCGUCUCCGGCGCCGUCCGGCAGCUGCAGCACAUCGUCACCGAAAACGUGGCCCAGCUGACGCUGAAGGAGUACCUGCUGGAAUCGGGCAGCGGCGGCGCCGGCGGACCGUGCGCCAGCGCCGACCAGCGAGAGCUCCGUGAGACCGCCUACUGCAAACGCGUCGAGCAGAUGCUCACAGAAGAGAACGAGCACUGCAUGAAGAUCUACCUGUUCAAGAACGCGGCGCGCAUGACGGUGGAGCUGCUGGACACCACCGACUCGGAGGACUCAGAGGACGGGUUCGCGGAGGAGAAGCGCCGCUCCACCUAUCAGGAGAAGUACGCCUCGCCCAGCCACCACACCGACGACGAGAUGAAGACGCCCAGCAUCAACAACCUGCCGCUGUUCCUGCCGCGCAUCGUGCGCCGAAUGCGCCGACUCGUGUUCCCAGCCGGCGUGGGCGGCGUGAAACGCGAGCGGGACGCCACCACACCCACCUCCUCCGGCGAUAGGGAUGUCGAGGAUGAGUCUAGCAUGGACGUGGACGCCUCACCCGAGACGGACCGAAAGCUGAAGGUGAAGCCGGAGCCGCUGGAGAUGGACGGCGACGAGCACUUCAAGCUGGCCUGCAACUACCGCAUGAUGCGUGUGGCCAACGACGAGACCUACCUGCACAAACGCGGCGCCAUGACAAAAGCCAGACAGACGCACUGUGCCGUGUCGCGCCACCUGAGCGCCCGGUUCCGCGCCUGGCACAGCCGGUGGCAGGAGGGCCACGUGUCGCAGCGCCAGGAGCAGCUCUCGGAGGACUGGUUCCUGGGCCGGGUGGACGGCCUGAAGCCGAGCCGCACCUCCGUGCAGCGUAACACCGACACGGCGCGGCCGCCCUACGUGCUUUACAGCCGGUACCGAGUCGAGUGGCUGGAUCCGGCGCCGCCGCCGCCCGCCGCCGCAGCCGCGGCCGCCCCGACCGGCGGGGACAAGUGAUGCCGGAGCCCGCCGGCGCAGACAGAUCAUGUGACCGUGGUGUUCACCUCCCGGUGAUGUCGAGGGCGGCGCCGAGAAUGGAGCGACUCGAUGUCGGUGUGGAGCCGUCCGGCGACUGGCGGCGCUCGACGGGAGGGCUGGGGUGGAACAGAUACAGAGACAAUACUAUAGCAGCGGCGGAGGCGAGACGGCCAGCCGCCGGCGCGCGUGACAUACUGAUGUGUUGUUUGUUUGAUGAAUACUUGAACCGGGACGAGGGCACGGGACCGGUCGGCAGGCCGGGCCGGCUGUGAUUGGUGCCUGACGGUUGUGACGUCACCGACGCGCGUCCAAUCACGCGCCGGCCGACUCGUACAAAGGCGCCCAGUUGCGCCGGGCCUUGCCGCCCACGGUUAUUUAUAGCAAGAGUCAAAUGUUUGUACUGUAUUUGGUCAUCGACGACCGGCCGCCACCCCCGACGAUUCAAGUAUUCUGUCUUAUUGUACUUCUUUAAAUGUAAGUGCUCACAUGCGUCGAAUUAGAUAUAGAAAUACAUCGCUCGCAGUCA